AGUUUUGCCAUCACUAGAAUAGGCACAGGCACUUAUUCAUUGACAUAGCAAUAACAAGGACGGGGCCCACAGCCGUUUUCUUCGUGUCCGUGACGCAAAGUUGUUAAUUUUAUGAUAUUCCCAACUCCCGACGAAGAAGCAGCAGCAACCGCAGAGUGCGCAGCAUAACCAGGAUGAGUGUUUUACCGUUCGUACGCGGCGUUGAUUUUACGAAAAAUGAUUUCAGCAAAACAUUCCCUAGUUCGAUGCGGCAAAUGUCUCGGGUCCAGUGGCUAACACUGGACCACACACAGCUCCAUCAAAUACCCGAGGAGCUGGGCCACCUGCAGAAAUUGGAGCACCUAUCCUUGAAUCACAAUCAGCUGGAGAAGCUCUUUGGCGAGCUAACGGAACUGACGUGCCUGCGUUCAUUGGAUCUGCGUCAUAAUCAUUUAAAGAGCAGCGGAAUACCGCCCGAGCUCUUCCAUUUGGAGGAGCUGACCACGUUGGAUUUAUCGCACAAUCGAUUGAAGGUGGUGCCCGAGGGUCUGGAGCGUGCCAAGAAUUUGAUUGUGCUCAAUCUGAGCUCCAAUCAAAUCGAAAACAUACCCACCCCUCUCUUCAUCCAUCUGACUGAUCUGCUGUUUCUCGAUCUGUCGUACAAUCGAUUGGAAACGCUGCCGCCGCAGACGCGACGAUUGAUAAAUCUGAAGACGCUGGACUUGUCGCACAAUCCGCUGGAGUUAUUCCAGCUGCGCCAGCUGCCAUCGCUGCAGAGUCUAGAGGUACUCAACAUGAGCAGUACGCAGCGCACGCUGCUCAAUUUCCCCACCAGCAUCGAUAGUUUGGCCAAUCUUGUCGAGCUGGAUCUAUCGCACAAUGCACUGCCCAAGUUGCCAGAUUGUGUGUACAAUGUGGUCACCCUCGUCCGCCUCAAUCUCAGCGACAAUGAGAUAAACGAGCUGAGCGCCAACCUCGAGCAUUGGCAGCGUCUCGAAUCGCUCAACUUGUCCCGCAAUCAGCUGGCCGCCCUGCCUGCCGCCCUCUGCAAGCUGUCCCGGCUGCGUCGCCUCUUUGUUAAUGAUAACAAACUGAACUUUGAGGGCAUACCUUCGGGCAUUGGCAAGCUGGGCACCCUUGAAUGCUUCUCGGCGGCCAACAAUCUGCUAGAGAUGGUGCCCGAAGGACUCUGCCGUUGCGGAGCACUCAAGCAGUUGAAUUUGAGUAGCAAUCGAUUGAUCACACUGCCGGAUGCCAUACAUUUGCUGGAGGGGCUGGAUCAGUUGGAUUUGCGUGACAAUCCGGAGCUGGUGAUGCCGCCGAAGCCGAGUGAGGCGAGCAAGGCGACCAGUCUGGAGUUCUAUAACAUUGAUUUCUCGCUGCAGACGCAACUGCGUCUGGCUGGUGCUGUUGUGCCGCCCUCAAUGCCGGCCACAUCGACGCCAAAGGAUGCAACAGCGCGAAAGAUUCGAUUGCGUCGUGGGCCGCGUGCGGAAAAUGGUCAGGAUGGUGGGCAGGAUGCGGCCAAGGUGCUCAAGGGCAUGAAGGAUGUCGCCAAGGAUAAGAAUAAGGGUGAUGGCGAUGCAGUGACAACGGAAUCAUUGAAACCAAAGCGCUGGGACGAAUCGUUGGAGAAGCCACAACUUGACUAUUCGAAAUUCUUUGAAAAGGACGAUGGCCAACAGCCGGGUCUAACCAUCUGGGAGAUUGAGAACUUUCUACCCAACAAAAUCGAGGAUGUGGUGCAUGGUAAAUUCUAUGAGGCUGACUGCUACAUUGUCCUGAAAACGCAAUUCGAUGAGCUGCACACACUCAACUGGGAGAUCUACUUCUGGAUUGGUAAUGAAGCGACUCUCGAUAAGCGCGCCUGUGCCGCCAUCCAUGCUGUGAACUUGCGUAAUUAUUUAGGCGCCCGUUGUCGCACCAUACGGGAGGAGCAGGGCGAUGAAUCCGAUGAGUUUCUCGCCCUCUUCGACACGGAGAUCAUUUACAUUGAGGGCGGACGCACUGCGACGGGUUUCUUUACGAUCGAAGAGAUGAUACACAUAACACGGCUAUAUCUAGUCCAUGCGUAUGGAGCCAGCAUACAUUUGGAGCCCGUUGCUAUGGUGCUGCAAUCGCUGGAUCCGCGCCACGCCUUUGUCCUUGAUGUGGGCACACGCAUCCACAUUUGGCUGGGCAAACGUUCGAAGAACACGCUCAACUCCAAGGCGCGCCUAAUGGCCGAGAAGAUCAAUAAGACGGAGCGCAAAAACAAAUGCGACAUUCUCGUUGAUCUGCAGGGCGAGGAGUGUCAGGAAUUCUGGGACGCAUUCGAUAUACUGCCCGAGGAGGUGGCCGAUUUGCCAGCACCAGAGGAGCACAUCGAUGAGAACUAUGCGCCAGUGCGUCCGCGUCUUUAUCAGGUGCAAUUGGGCAUGGGCUAUUUGGAGCUGCCGCAGGUGGAGCUGCCGGAACAGAAGCUAAGCCAUACGCUGCUCAAUAGCAAGCACGUCUACAUCCUUGACUGCCAGACGGAUCUGUUUGUUUGGUUUGGCAAGAAGUCGACACGAUUGGUCCGUGCCGCCGCCGUCAAGUUAAGCCGGGAGCUCUUCAAUAUGCUGGAUCGGCCGGAAUGUGCGCUCGUCAUGCGCGUCAGCGAGGGCAAUGAAAUGCAAAUCUUUCGCACCAAAUUCCCCGGCUGGGAUGAGGUGAUGGCUGUUGAUUUUACCCGCACAGCCAAAUCGGUUGCCAAGACGGGCGCAAAUUUGACGCAGUGGGCCCGCCAGCAGGAAACACGCACAGAUCUGGCUGCGCUGUUCAUGCCACGCCAGAGCGCCAUGCCACAGGCCGAGGCUGAACAGCUGGAGGAGGAAUGGAACUACGAUCUCGAGAUGAUGGAGGCAUUUGUGCUCGAGAACAAAAAGUUUGUCCGCCUGCCAGAGGAGGAGCUGGGACAUUUCUAUACCGGUGAAUGCUAUGUGUUCCUCUGUCGCUACUGCAUACCUGUUGAGGUCGAUGUCGAUGGGUGCCAAAACGGCACCGAUUCCAAUCCCAAUCCCGACGCGGAAGCGGACAGCAAAUCACAGACUGCGCCGCCCGAGGAUGAGAUCGAGUGUGUUGUGUAUUUCUGGCAGGGACGCAAUGCCGGUAACAUGGGCUGGCUAACUUUCACAUUUACGUUGCAAAAGAAGUUCAAGGCCAUGUUCGGUGAGGAGCUGGAGGUGAUGCGUAUCUUCCAACAGCAGGAGAACCUCAAAUUUAUGUCGCACUUCAAGCGCAAGUUUAUCAUUCACACGGGUAAGCGCAAGGACAAAUCCCUAACGCCCGAUGGCAAGCCAGCCGUUGAGUUCUUCCAUUUACGUUCUAAUGGUGGCGCCUUAACCACACGACUCAUACAAAUUCAGCCGGAUGCAGUGCAUCUGAACUCGGCAUUCUGCUAUAUACUUCAUGUGCCAUUCGAAACGGAGGACGAGUCACAUUCGGGCAUUGUGUACGUCUGGCUGGGCAGUAAGGCAUGCAACGAGGAGGCAAAACUGAUCCAGGAGGUUGCCGAACAGAUGUUCAACAGUCCCUGGGUUAGCCUGCAGAUACUCAACGAGGGCGACGAGCCGGAGAACUUCUUUUGGGUAGCGCUCGGAGGUCGCAAGCCAUACGACACGGAUGCUGGAUAUAUGAACUAUACGCGACUGUUUCGCUGCUCCAACGAGCGGGGCUAUUAUACGGUGGCCGAAAAGUGUGCGGACUUCUGUCAGGAUGAUCUGGCCGAUGACGAUAUUAUGAUACUCGACAAUGGCGAGCAUGUCUUCCUUUGGAUGGGGCCGCGUUGCAGCGAGGUGGAGGUGAAGCUGGCAUACAAAUCAGCUCAGGUCUACAUACAGCAUAUGCGCAUCAAGCAGCCGGAGCGGCCACGCAAGCUCUUCCUCACUAUGAAGAACAAGGAGUCGAGACGAUUCACAAAGUGCUUCCACGGCUGGAGUGCAUUCAAGGUGUAUAUUUAAGAAAGCCGCGCGGGUGCCAUGACAGUGUAGCCGCCGGACAUGACAAUUUUGGACUGCAAUAUAUACAAAUACACACACACACACACAUACACAAAAACACGCGCUCACGCGCUCGCAUGCAGCAAAUAUUUGUACUUUUAUAAUGUA